AUGGCUCGUUGUGACAAUCAAGAGUCUGAAGAUCAUCUUAUUGCAAGAUAUGUUAAUGGCUUGAGACUACCCAUUAGAGAUGAAGUGGAGUUGCAGCAGGUGUGGAAGUUAAACGACGCCUAUCAAUUGGCCUUGAAAGUUGAAUCAAAGUUAUCAAGACGGGGUGCGAGGAAGUUUGUGGAUAUUCAAAGCCUCUAUCCAUCCAAAACCGAACUUUCCAAUCAAAAUCGCCCUAAAAGAAGCAAAAGUGAGAAUAAUUCAGCAGCAAACAAAGCUAAACCUGCCAAUUGUUUCAAAUGCGGCCAACCUGGACAUUACAUGAAUGAGUGCCCGAAGCGGAGGAGUGAUGCUCGUAUGGGGCUUGUGGGUGAAGAAGGAACCGAAAAACAAAUAGAAGAACCAGAGCCAAAAUAUGAUGAAGAUGCCAAUUACGAGCGCGAAGAGAUUGAGCCAGAGGAGGGAGAAUGCUUGGUAAUUCAACGAGUUCUUGCUGCCCCCAAGCAAGAUAGCGAUGAAAAUUGGCUACGGCACAACAUCUUUAGGACACGGUGUAAAUCUCAUGGAAAUGUAUGUUCUCUCGUCAAUGAUGGAGGUAGUUUCGAGAAUUUUGUUUCCCAGGAGAUGGUGGACAAGCUCAGACUCAAGGUUGUACCCCACCCAAGACCGUAUGCUGUCUCAUGGAUAAACAAGGACAAUGAGAUAAAAAUUGAGAAGAAAUGUCUCGUUUCUUUUUCUAUGGGAAAAAAAUAUUAUGAGGAAGUAUGGUGUGAUGUAACUCCAAUGGAUGUUGGACACCUAUUAUUGGGUAGACCUUGGCAAUAUGAUAGAGGCGCAAUCCAUGACGGAAGAAGAAAUACUUAUAAGUUUAUGGUGGGAAAAACUGAAAUUCUUCUUUUACCAUGUAAAGAUGUUUGUGAACCCAAACCUGUAAAAAAAGAAGAGGGCCAUGCCUUACUUACUUUGUCGCAGUUUGAGAAGGAAGUUAAAAGAGAUAGGUUAAUCUAUCUUCUGAUCGUCGAUGGAACUACACAAUCCACAAAAAUUCCAGCCGAUGUUAAAAUUCUAUUGGAGGAGUUCAAUGAUGUUGCUCCAAAAGAAUUGCCGAGUGACCUUCCACCUCUAAGAGAGAUUCAACAUCAAAUUGAUUUGAUUCUAGGAGCUUCACUUCCCAACAAAGCCCACUAUCGGAUGAGUCCAAAAGAACACGAAGAGCUUCAUCGGCAGGUAGUGGAAUUGUUGAACAAAGGUUACAUCAGGGAGAGCUUAAGUCCUUGUGUUGUCCCGGCACUACUUACUCCAAAGAAGGAUGGGUCUUGGCGCAUGUGUACUGAUAGUCGGGCGCUUAAUCGAAUCACUAUCCGAUAUCGAUUUCCCAUACCGAGAAUUGAUGAUAUGUUUGAUAUGUUGGUUGGUGCACAAAUAUUCUCGAAAAUUGAUCUCAUAAGCGGAUAUCAUCAAAUUCGAAUCAAGCCGGAAGAUGAAUGGAAGACGGCGUUCAAAACAAGAGAAGGCCUGUACGAAUGGCUUGUUAUGCCAUUUGGCCUUAGCAAUGCUCCAAGCACGUUCAUGAGGGUAAUGAAUCAAGCUCUUCACUCUUUAUUGGAAAAUUUAUUGUUGUGUAUUUCGAUGAUAUUCUUAUCUACAGUCGAAACCCUUCUGACCACAUUGAACAUUUAA